AUGGAGAACAAAAAUAUUCCAACUUCCACACAAGAUCCUCCCAUCUACAAGCAUCUCAACGCCAAAACACAAGGCCUACUUCGUCAAUCGCACAAAUACAAGGAAGGCCAGGAAAAAUCUGCAAAUAUGUCUAACGAGCAGACAUUCAUUGCUAUCAAGCCAGAUGGUGUCCAACGUGGACUCAUCGGCGACAUUAUCUCACGAUUUGAGAAGCGAGGCUACAAGCUUGCAGCCAUGAAGCUGGUCUCUCCUUCAAAAGAGCACCUCGAGAAGCACUACGAGGAUCUCUCCGACAAGCCCUUCUAUAAGGGCCUCGUCACCUACAUGCUGAGCGGGCCCAUCUGCGCCAUGGUCUGGGAGGGCCGUGAUGCCGUCAAGACUGGCCGAACCCUGCUAGGUGCUACGAACCCUCUGGCCUCUGCCCCAGGUACUAUCCGUGGGGACUACGCCAUCGACGUUGGCCGCAACGUCUGCCACGGCUCCGACGCUGUCGAGAGUGCGAAGAAAGAAAUUGAUUUGUGGUUUAGCAAGGACGAGGUGCUGCAAUACAAGCUGGCUCAGCACGACUGGAUCUACGAGAAGUAG